GAUAUAAUAUAAUGACGACGAUGAAGGGAGCCGCCAUGGCAACACUUUCAGAAGCUUACAAAGAACACCCACCCAUUGAUCCCCAACACAUUAUCCCUUUGGACUUUCAAGCAAUCCGCCAAGUCCCCACCUCUCAUCUAUGGCCCCAUCAAACCCAUGAUGAGGAACACGCGCCAUCGUCACCGUCGUCGUCGUCGAUAGUACCCGUGAUUGACUUAUUGGACCCCGCGGCGGGGGACCUCAUCGGACGAGCGUGCGAGGCGUGGGGGAUUUUCCAGGUGGUCAACCACGGCGUCCCCUCGUCGCUGCUCGACGAGGUGGUGUCCGAGGCGACCCGCCUCUUUGCCCUCCCGGCCCCGGUCAAGAACCGGGCCCUGAGGACCCCGGAGGGGGCCACCGGGUACGGGGUCGCCCGGAUUUCACCCUUUUUUGCCCAGUUGAUGUGGCAUGAAGGGUUUACUAUUAUGGGAUCACCCGCUGCUCAUGCUAGACUACUUUGGCCGGAUGACUACCAACACUUUUGUGACGUCAUGGAGAAAUAUCAAGAGAAGGUCAAAGCCCUGGCUCACAACCUCUUUCAACUCCUCCUCAACUACAUCUCCCCUUCUUCUCCGGCGGCCGCCGCCGCCGUGGAAUUCGACGGCGCGCUUCAGCUAAACUCAUACCCGCCGUGCCCAUCCCCGGCCCAGACAAUAGGCUUGGCCCCACACACCGACACUCUCUUCCUCACCAUCCUCCACCAGAGCAGCCCGGGGCUCCAGCUCUUCGACCCCGCCGGACUCCGGUGGAGCGCCGUGGACCAUGUCCCCGGGGCCCUGACCGUCAACGUCGGCGACCUCCUUCACGUCCUCUCCAACGGCAAGUUCCGGACGGCCCGUCAUCGGGCCGUUGUGAUGAGCGAUACCACUCAGAGGGUUUCCAUGGCGUGUUUCUACGGGCCGCCGGUUGAGUCCGUCGUGGCUCCGGUUGUUUCCCCCGUCGACGGAGCUCCGGCGGUGUACCGGUCGGUCGGGGUGAAAGAGUUCUUGAAUUUGAAGGCUUUGCAUCUCGACGAGGCGCUUGAUUUUAUCAGACUUUAAUUUGAAGAAGUUGAAACAAUUAAUGGUUAUAUUAUCGUUAAUCAAAAACUUGCAUGAAGUUCUUUACUCGAUCCUUGUUUAAUUUAAUUUUUUCAUGUUAAACUCGAUAAAUUUUGAAUUCUAAUUAAAUAAAAACCGUAAUGUAUUUUAAUAUAAAAAUAACUUUAGAUAAUGUUU